UUGCGUGCAUUUGCCUCCAUGAUAGCAGGAAUUGGUUUUGGAUGGCACCACAUUGUCAUUCAAAUUUUGAAAGUAGAAGUGAUUGGUAUAAUUUGUUGUUGGUUGGUUGCGUAUACGUGUGCUGUUGUUUAAAUAUUUUAUCAAAGUGAAUUGAAAAGCAACAAUAGUUGUGUUGAAAGGUAUAAUGAGUGAAAUCAUUUUUACUUAAUUAAAUAAGUGUAAAUAAUAUAUGGUAUAUAUGUAAUAUUAUGUACAUUUACUGUUAAAUUACCAAUCGAGUCCUAGUGUGUAGUGACUGUAACAAUUUUUGAUAUGUUGAAUAAAUAUAAAGGCGGUGGAAGCAAUAAAUGGGAGAAAAACUGCGCAGGAUGCUGGGUUCUCCAACCCAAUCGCAGUGUGAAACUGCGGCGUAAUUGAUACAAUGUGCAUAAAAAUGCAAAAUGUAUUUUCAAUAAAGUUAUAUUUUAAUUAUUGUGACAUUAAUUAUUGAGAAAAAUAUGCAUGAUCGUAAAUAGGAGGACAUUGUUUAUUUAUAUAAACUGUAAAGAUAAAUAUAAUAAUAAAUGAAAUUGAAUCCGAUAGAUAUGCUAGAUGUGCAAAAUCACGUAGGUACUUUAUAUAUGAGACAAAGGAUUAAGCCAAAACAAAGGAAAAUGCAUACAUGCGCCUUUAUUAAAAAACAAGUGUCAAUGAACGCAUGAGAAGAUUUAGUGCAUCGCUGUGUAAAGUGAUGUAAGUGAGAGACAGCACAAGGCCACAAUAAUUGAAGAGAAAAAUAUAAAGAGCUGUAUAGUAUGUAUGCAAGUAAAUACUCAAUGGUAGCAUAGGACCAUAGGACGUUGGGCUGUGUUGCAUUCAUGUGCGUAUUAAGUGAUUGCCAGUGACCAUAUUCACUUGAAGUUCGCCAAUAUACUUAACAAUAUAAAUAGUAAUAUGCACAAAUAUGCAAUUUUUAUAACAAUUUAAAAAUCGACCGAAAGAAUAUCAACAAGAACUCAUGAAAUCUGAAGAGCAGUUUUGUUAAAAAGUAUUUACCAUUUCAAAUAGGAAACCUACCUAUGGUAUGUGUGUAUGUGCAUAUAUGUUUGUACAUACCUACAAAUUAAUAUAUCAAGGUUGUGCGGCAGCAAGUUAUACCGGUUUUGCGAAAAUGAAUAAAGCGUGAAGCUACAAUACUGUAUGUACAUACAUAUACAUUUUAUGGUUGGUGCGGAGUUUUUUGCCACAUGAAUCUGUAACAUAUCACAUAAAUAAUAAUUCAUGUGGUUGUGAUGCAACUUAAAUCACAUUGACAUGUACUUAAAGAUAUUUAUACAUAAUGAUAUGAAAUGUCAUAGCAGUAGUAUGUGCUGUAUUUAGUUAUAUAGUCCGAUGAAUCAUCGGAAGAUUGCAUAUAAUUUCUUGGAAGUCAUGUGUGUACUUCCUUUCAGUAACAGCUGUAGAUAAAAAAAAGUUUAAAAUAACUUAUUUUGUUAGCUAGUCAUCUGAGUUAGAAUUAAGUCAACAACAGUCAAGACAUACAGUUUAUGUAUAAACCUAUUGAAGCAACGAAGUUACGUACAAAUAAGAUAUGUUUUGUUUUUAUCUAUAAUAUACAAUAAAUUAUUAUUUUUAUUUUAUCAUGAUGAGAAUGUCAGCUUAAAAAAACUUAACUAUUACAAUAGUUACGGCAUGCUGUAAUAAAUAUGCAUUAUAUUCGUAUUACCAUAUAUUCGUAUUAAGCAAAGAGUAUUGAAGAUCUAUAGAAUUAUUAUUAAGCACUUCCGUGUGCUGUUUCCGGAGUUGCAAAUAAUGCAUUAAAAAAAAAAUUGAAUUAACAUUUGAACUAAUUUUUAUUUUAUUUUUUGCAAUUCAGAAAAUCUAAAUCCAAAAUAAUUUUGAAAUUUUUACUCUCCAAUACCGGAUGGAAAAAAAAUUUAAAACGAUUACGGAUUUAACUAAAAUAAAUUUUAAUCCCAAAAACCGGAUCAAAAUUAAUUUUAAUUUUUAAAUCCCAAAUACUCGAUUGAAACAAAAUUAAUAACACGCAUAUUAUUACGAAUUAAAAAAAAAUUGUUUUAGAAUUAACAUUUUUUCGCUUUUGCAUACAUCGUAUUUUACCAUUUUGAACUAGAAUUGGAUUUAAUUUAUAAAAAUAUUAUAUUUGUAUUUAAAAAAUUUUAAUUUAACAAUUUUAUUAUAAAAGUUUUGUUUUCAAUCUCAACAUCGGAAUUAAAAAUUUAUAAUUUAAUAUAAUGAAUUAAAUAAUAGAACAAAUUAGCUUUUAAAUUUUUAUUUUCAAAUUUUUUUAUUAAAUUUUUUUAAAAUAAAAAUCUAAAUUUUAUACACAAAAUUAGAAUGUGUACAACAAGGGUUUCGAAUUUUUUGAUUAAAAAUUAUAUUUUCAUAUUUUAAUUACAAUUUUUGUUGUUAGAUAUAUUCAUUCUUUUUAUAAGGAACUGCAAAGUGGCUUUAAAUAAUCUUAGAUUAACUUAUAAUAGUUUGUUUCGAAGAAAGAUAUAACGCUAAAGUUACCACAAUGGAUUGUGGCACAUCGACGGCUAAAUAUGUGCUGUUUGCAUUCAACACUGUAGUUGUGAUUGUCGGUGUUUUGGGCAUCGUCUUUGGGGCACUUAUACUCAAUAGCAUCGGUGUGAUCGAGGUUGAUGGCCAAGUUGGUUUCCCCGUACAGGCAGUUUUGCCAAUUAUGCUCAUAACACUCGGUUCGAUUGUGGUAUUCAUCGCAUUUUUGGGCUGUUGUGGUGCCAUACGUGAAUCGGUCUGCAUGACUAUGUGCUAUGCCGUCUUCCUGUUGGUCCUGCUCAUUAUACAGCUAACAAUUGUUGUACUACUAUGGACAAAUAAGGAUAAGUUCAACAAUGCCAUGGGCGAGGUCAUCGACAAAGCAUGGGAUAGUCAUACCAAGGAACCGGCCGUCUUUGAAGCUAUACAACUUUCAUUGAAAUGUUGCGGCAAGAAUGGCAUAACCGAUUAUGUAGUAUUGCUGCAAACGCCACCCUCAAGCUGUUGUGAGCAUAACGAUUGCGUGAAUCCAUUAAACAUUUAUGGUGGUUGCCGUAGCAAAUUCCAAGAUUUCAUGUCCUUCAGCACCGACACAGCCAAACACGUUGGCUUGGGAUUGAUCGCUGUAGAGUUGGUUGGUUUCAUCUUCGCCUGCUGCUUGGCCAAUAACGUGCGCAACUACAAACGCCGAAACGCCUACUAAGCGUGGCUUAAACCCACUCCUCUCGCAAAUGUUCCACAAAUUAUAAUUUUAUGCUUGUUGAUGUCGUGAUUUCGUCAUAAAACGCACAUUUAUUUCGAAAUUUAAAAUAAUAUGCAAUAAUGUUUGAAGUAAGCCUUUGAUUUAUGAGUAUGUAUGUAUAUUUUUUGUUAGGAUAAACAUACAAUAUGUACUCUGAAUACAAUUUUUUAUAUAUAUGUCUAAUGAAAAUUAAGCUGAUAUGAACAAUUGAAAGCAAAAAAAAAAAAAACUAAAUUCACAUUUCUAAUGAAUUUACAUAAGUAAAAAGUUUAAAUCGAAAUGCGCAUUAAAAACCAUAAAAUGAAAAGCUUACCGAGUAUGCCUGAAAUGAACAAUAUGAGGCCAUGAAUAAACCACUUUAAAUAUACAUAUAUACCAUAUGUACAUACGUUGUACCAAAAAGGAAGCCAAGAUAAUGAAAAAUAUGGAGUAUAAGCAACAAAGAAAUCUCAAGUGAAUUUAAAACAAAUUUUAUUUUUUCAAGCGAAUUAAAUAUGUCUUUAUUAUAAAUGUAAACAAUAAUGUUAUCGACUUGAAUUAAACUCUGCGCGAGAUAAUAUGCAUUCACAGUUUAUUAUUAUAUGUAUUCUAUUGGAUAUAAAUAAAAGUAUAUAUGUAUAUAUUUAUUACAGAUAUAGAUAUAUAUGUAAAUGUUAGUUACAUUAUCUACAAGUUAUGUUGAAUUAAUGUUUAUUUGAUUUUAUGACUUUUUACAUGUUAAACUAAAGCGAGUUCAAAGCUUGCAAAUUAUUUACCAUAUAUGUACAUACAUAUGUAUGUAUGCAUGUACAUAUUAAUAUAUACUAUACACAUAUGCAUUUACGAAUCUACUAUGCGUUUGCAUACAACGAACGUUAAUAUGUUCGUCUCUCCUAAAUAUACAUACAUACAUAUAUGUAUUCAA